AUGGUAUAUUACUAUUUAUCUUGCAAUUUUAUUUUAGUUGGUGAAGUUGAGGCACAUUGGUGGCAGCAUAAAAUUUACGACAGAAAUGAUACAGAAUUGUCUUUCAAUUUGAAUAUAACAAAGGAUGGGAAUUUCAUAAUGGACUUUGAUGGAGAAAUAAUGGACUAUUCCAAUUCCGAGGAUCGAGCUUUCUGCAUCUCUAAAGAGGAAGGCAUUGCCAAACCUGUCACGUGGAAAAUCAACGGAGCACUGCUGAAUUCGAAUGGUUGCCCUCCGGAUACGAACUUGCUGGUCUUCCACAUGCUUCCACAAAAGGCAUCUCGAAAACACAUUGAUGGACAAAUCAAAAAAGAUGAUCCUCCUGAUGGUCCAAAGUGUGAUGAACUUUCUAUCAAAUUUCAUUCGGAUAACUACAUUUUGUUGACCAAUGAAGACUUCAUCGCUCCAUCAACAACAACAACGGCAACCACGACUAAGCUUCCCGAACCAACCACGACUAAGCUUCCCGAAGCAACGAAUCCUUUUGGGUUUUUCAAUCACACGCUGAAGGAUGAAAUGGUUACUCUUGCCGAACGAGUCGAGGAAGUCAACAAGGACAACAUUAGUUUAUACACGAAGCAUCCUGGAGCCUGUGAGGUUACUCUUGAAGGCAAUUUCAUGUAA